AUGGCAACAACCUUAGAUGUUCAGCAUGAGAGGGCUUACCAAAAACAGGAAGGUGCGAGCUUUUUCAACUCCAAAAAAAUAAAGAAGGGCUCAAAGAGUUACACGAGAUAUUGGAAAAAAGUUGGUUUAGGAUUCGCAACCCCGAAGGAAGCAAAAGAGGGAGUUUACGUUGAUAAAAAGUGCCCCUUUACAGGAAAUGUGUCCAUCAGAGGAAGGAUAUUAAAGGGUAUGGUAAUUUCGAGUAAAAUGAAGAGAACAAUUAUUAUAAGAAGAAACUACCUACAUUAUGUAAAAAAAUACAACAGAUUUGAAAAGAGACAUAAGAACAUCCCAUGUCAUUGUUCUCCAUGUUUUGAUGUGAAAGAAGGUGACAUAGUUACCGUCGGCCAGUGCAGACCGUUGUCCAAGACCGUGAGAUUCAACGUGUUGCAUGUAGAGAAGCAUCAAAUAUUUGGAAGUGCUAGGAAACAAUUUGUUUUAUUUUAA